UUUAUGCUAAUUUAACAUCAAGAAAAUGAUCAUCACUUAUUUCAUUACAGAUUUGUAGAUGUUUAGAGGAGCAUGCAUUUGUGUAUUUUUUUUAAAGAGAUUUAACAUUUUUAUUUAUCGCAUUUACAGAAUUUAAAUAAUAAAUAAUAACGACAUUUAUAAUGUCGACACUUUCUAGCAUUCCUGGAUUUCUACCAAUUUUAGAGUUAAUUUCUACGCCUUUACCUGCAUUUCUUAUCACACUUUCAUUGACCACGAUACCAUAUUUUGUGAUUAAACUGUCGGUCACUUCGCAAUACUUGGAUUUAUUCCGCAUGUUAAGUUCCAAUCUAGAAUCUCAACUUGGAUACAACAGGAAACACAAUUCUCUACAAAAUGAGUUUGAUUUCAUCGUUGUUGGAGGUGGGUCAGCGGGUUCUGCUGUCGCUGCCAGAUUAUCAGAGCAGUAUCAGGUUUUGCUAAUUGAAGCAGGAGGUGACCCACACCCACUGACCUAUGUUCCAUUAAUGGCAGAAGCAUUAGUAAAUCUUCCCAUGAUUGAUUGGCAGUACACAACAGAACCUUUGAACAACUCUGGAUUCGUUUGGCCAAAUCAAAAAAUGUCAUGGCCGAGGGGAAAAUCACUGGGUGGAAGCAGUAACAGCAACAACAUGAUUUAUAUGCGGGGAAAUCCAGAAGACUUUAACAAUUGGGCCAGAUACACUGGAGAUGAAAGAUGGUCGUAUGCAAACGUAGAACCAAUCUUUAAGCGUAUGGAAGACUAUGAUGGACAUUGGAAGGGAAGCUCACACCACGGCGAAGGGGGUCCCCUGCGUAUCGAAAAAUCUAAUUAUGACCCUUCUGCAAGCUAUUGGUUGAAAGCUGGGAAAGAGCUGGGAAAACGUGUUCUGGACCAGAAUGCUUUCCAAAGUGAAGGAUUUUCGCCAUUAGAUGUUACACAGAAAGGGGGUGCUCGUUUCAGCACCUUUCGAGGUUACAUUGAACCAAAUUUCAACAACCCCAAUCUGACAAUUCAUCGAUACUCGAUUGCAACAAAGAUUCAUUUUGACAGUGGGAUGAAGGCAAUUGGGGUGACAUAUUAUCGACAUGCAAAUAAAAAGUAUGCAUCGGCAAAAAAUGAAAUAAUAAUUUCCUGUGGGGCAAUUAACUCUCCAAAACUUUUGUUACUCUCUGGUAUUGGUCCAAAAGAACAAUUGGACUCCUUCAAUAUUAAUACCCUCGUGAAUUUGAAAGUUGGAGAGAAUCUACAAGAUCAUGUUUUGGGCAUGGCUGGGCCAUUUCUACUUGGAAAAAAUGUGUCGUUCUUAAGAUUUCGAGAUUUGACUCCAAUUGCAGCCACAGAAUAUUUAGCCCUUGGGAAAGGCCCGUUAUCCUCCCCGAGUGGAAUUUCUGCAACUGGAUUAAUUUCUUCUCAACAAAACGACAAUAAAAACUGGCCGGACAUAUUAAUGAUGCAUGUUGCGAGAGGAAUUGAUAAAAAUAUGGGGAAGGAACUGGAGCAGGUUUUGGGAAUGAAAUUAAAUAGUGGGCUGUCAAAAUUUUUUGAAUACAACGCAAUGAAUGAUUCGAAUUUCGUAUUUGUGGCUGUGGGGAGACCAAAAAGUCGCGGAUACAUAAAGUUAGCCAGUAACGACCCAUUUGUGAAACCACUAAUUAAUCCCAAUUACUUUUCUGAUGAGGGUGGCGCAGACUUGGACGUUCUUAUUCAAGGAAUCCAGUUUGCUGUCAAAGUGUAUGAAAAUACAACAGCAUUUAAGGAACUUGGAGCCAGAUUAGCUCCGAAUCAUUUUCCUGGCUGUGAAGACCACGCCAUGAAAAGUCGUUCUUACUGGGAAUGUUUUAUUCGACAAAACCCUCACACCAUGUUCCAUCCAAGUGGAACCUGCAAAAUGGGGCCACUUGAUCAUCCUGAUUCUGUUGUCGAUUCUGAACUGCGGGUAAUUGGGACUAAAGGGCUUCGAGUCGCUGAUUCCAGUAUUAUGCCCUUCAUAUGCAAUGCAAACCUAAAUUCUCCCACAAUUAUGAUUGGAGAGAUGUGUGCAGAUCUUGUGAAAAACGAUUGGCCUAACAUCACACCGGAGAAAAAUGUAACAAUAACUGUGUGAAAUAUAUGUGUCCAUCUGUUACACAUAUGCAAAGUUUUAUUUUAUGUAAUUAUUUAUUGAAAACAUAACAAGAGCUAUUUAUUUUAAUACUAUAUAA